AUCUUCGUCUCGGUAUUCUCCAUCGUCCUCGCCGGCGGCGCGACCAUUGCCCGCCUCAUUUUCCGCAAGACGUCAAAGAUGCCCUGGCUGGCCGAUGACUACCUCAUCAUCGUCGCUGCCAUCAUCACCAGCGCCGAUGCGGCAUGCUAUCUUGCGUGCUUACCCUUCGGCUUCGGCCAGCACAUGUGGGCCGUUGAUCCCGCGCUGCUGUUGACUUUCUUCAAGAUUGUCUUUGCCACCUUUAUUCUUUAUGGCGCUGCGGUCAGCUUCGUCAAGUUCUCGGUUCUGGCCUUCUACGCUCGCAUCUUCCCCAGGAACAAUUUCAAGUGGUGGCUGAUCUCCCUCGGCGUCGCUUCCGGCGCGUGGUGGAUCCUGAUCACGCUGGCCUCGGUCUUGCAGUGCAACCCGGUGCAGAAGAACUGGGAUGACUCGCUUCCGGGCUACUGCAUCAACUAUCUGGACCUCUACAUUGCGAUCCAGGUGCUCAACAUCGUCUUGGACAUUGCCAUUCUGGCGCUGCCCAUCUCGACCGUCAUGAAGUUGCAGAUGGGCCGCGCUAACAAGAUCAGUGUGGCCAUGACGUUUGCGCUCGGU